AUGAAUCAGUCGGCCAAAGUUACAAAAACUGCAACAGCUGCCGUUAGCACAACAAAUGCUGCCAAUGCUUCUACUACCACGGUCAAUCUUGCCAACAGCUCUAUUGCCAUGACAAUAUCAUCAAGUGCAAACAUGAGUGGAAUUUUAACAUCAAAAAGCACCAAUGACAUGAAUACCAGUAGUGGACAAUUAGCCGUAAAUAACGAAGAAGGAGCUGUUUCCACAAGUGCAGCCACUCGAACACAAUAUGUUCAAGCUCCUUCUGUAAAAACUUUCAUCAAAUCUCAUCAAUAUCAUUUUCUAGAUUUGACUGAGGAACAAAGAGCUCAAAUUGAAGAAUUGGAAAGAAAAAUGGAAAGAGAAAAACAACAAAACAAUAUUGAAUAUGAAAGAAAUAUUGGUAAAGAAAUAUUAUAUGGUCAACCAAUCCAACUCAUGCAUUUGAAAACUAAGAAAUACUUGUGUGUAAAUCCAAGAGAAAAAGCAGAAAAGCAAAAAGAUUGUCUCAAGCUAACACUUGUUUCAGAAGAAGCUAUAGAUUCGACAUCUCAUGUUAUUGUAUUACCUUAUUACAAAUUCAGAUCGGAGGGUGAUGCUGUAAAAUUGAGUGAUCAAGUCAGAUUUUUUAACAGGAAGAGUAACACCUUCCUUCAUUUGGGUCAAUUUACUUACUCAACGGUUUUGUCCUCGAAUAAUCAACUCAUCUCAACAUCAACUCAGGUUUCCCUUGAUGAAGAUGACAGAAGAGAAAUCAACAUGAUACCAGGUACAACAUUUACCUCAUCUUUUUCAUAUACCAAUUGGAGAAUUCGUCUAUUUUCUCCCUAUUUAAGUAUUCAUUCAGGUAACAUGUUAAAGGCUGGUGAUGUUAUUAGGCUUUUCCAUACAGAAUUGAAUAGUUUUUUAUCGGUCAACUCUAAAACUGGUAGAGUAGAAUGUGUUGGCAGUGCCAACAAGACCUCUUCCUCAACAGCCGAUAAGGCUCUUCUCCCAAUCAAAUCCAACAAAAAGUCAACAGAUGACGAUACGAGCCAAUCAAAGAAUGAUAAAAUGUACGCAUUCACAGAUAGUUUGUGGGAAGUAGAAAUGGUUGACCCUACUAGAGGUGGUGCCUUGAUGUGGAAUAAGAAGUAUAGAUUUAAACAUGUUUCCAGUGGAAAAUAUCUGUAUGCCUCAAAGGAUAGUCAUUUUGUAGAGGAGAAUGAAGAUAUUUUUGAUGAUUUCUCCAGUGAUUCAGAUGAUGAAUUUGGAAUUACAAAUUCCUUCUUCUCUAAACUUUCCAGAAGAACUACAGCCAACACUGAAGACUUUGAUAGAUCAUCUGUUGCCAGUGCAUCCCAAGUCAAUAUUUCAGUAUUCAAUGAGAGUAGUAUUUCACUUUCAUCAACAACAUCAUCUCCAGGUAAUUCAGCAACAGAUCAAUAUUGGAAAUUGUUGAAGCGAAAGCUAUUGGCUGCUGUAAAGAAGGAGCAAAUUGGUGUCUCUCUUGAAUUGGCUGUAAAAGAUGGAUUGGGAAGUGAUGAUACCACUUUCAUUAUUUGUCAACAUGAUGUACAAUCGAGACAUGAUAAUCAUCAUAAUACUGCUCCAAUACCUUUGCAAAGCUAUUUCCGUUUGAAACAUGCCCACAGUCAGACUUGGGUUCAUGGUGUGAGUAGUGAUUCUGGUAUUGGUUCAAGUCUUAUGAAGGCAGAUGAUACGCCACUCAAGGGAAAGAAUGAAACAACUCCAUCAACUCCAAGUAGUACAACCACCAACAAACCAACUCUCAAUCUUAGAAAACAAGCUCUCACUCAAAACAAUGCUGCCAAUGCUGGAAUGAUUAAACCAGAAAAGAAGUCCUCUCGUAAGAAAUUCAGACUCUAUGCUACCAAUGUAUUAUAUGAACAGGAUGUAUUCUCCGUUUACAAGGUUCCUCAACAGGAGCUCGAAGACUUACUUCUUGUUCAAAGUAUUUAUCCAUUAAUUGAAAGUUUUAUGAGGAGAGUUCAAUCCAGAUCUAUCAAGAGACCAGACGAUUUCAAAGUGUUACUUCAAACACUCUUGCCUGCCCUUGCACAAUUGGUUUGUUUUUUGACUGACUCUGAUGAAGAGGAUCCACUCAAGAGAGAAGGUAUUCCAUUCAAGAGCAGACAAAAUAUUCUCAGAGAAAGAGGUGUAAUUGAUUUAGUAAUGAGACUUAUAGAAGAGUUAGUUGAUAAUGUUCCAGAUAUUGUUUCACUUUCAGUUUUUGGAGAAAGUCCUGCUAAAUUGGGAGAUGAAAAUACAUGGACAGAGUCAGAUCUGGCAUCUUAUCACUACUUGCUCCGUAACUUGUACAGAGUGAUCAAACAAUCUGUCAAAUUGAACAGUGACAAUGGAUUGUACAUGUCAAAAUAUAUUACCGAAAUUCAGCAACAUAUCAAAAUGGAUGUUGGAGCCAGUGUUGCCCUAAUUGAAAUUUUAACAAAUAACUAUGGACUAUUGAACAGAAUGCCAAAAGAGCAAAUAAGAUACUUUGUAAGAUUGUUGGUAGAUGAGGAAAGUGGCGGAUUUGAUGAAAAUUUAACAUCUCCACGGAAACUUAUGGUUACCCCAAGAGGUUUUUCCUCUUCUCCAGCAAAGAAAAUGACACCAAAGAAAGAAGAAUCAUCAGAAGAAACAGCCACUGAGUAUUUGAGUGCUAAAAAUUCAAUCUAUCUUUCCUUCCUUAGUGCAUUGUGUGCUUGUGGUAAUAGACCAAUCAAGAAGAACCAAAGCUACAUUACCGAGUUGCUUUUCGAAGACGAAAAGGUUACAAACUCUCUCAUGUUCCCUUACUUUGUAGAUAAUGAUCCAAAGAACAAACUUUGCAUCAAGGUUAAUGGAACUGAAUAUGGUUUGUUGGAAUUUGUGUCAAAGGCAAUGUCUCAGGCACUUUCUGCGAAUACUGCAAACUUUGAUGGACAGGAUGAUUUUUUAAUUUUGCUCAACUUUUUCCAAAAACAAAUUGAACUCUUGUCUCUCUUGUGUUUAGGAAGAAAUAAGGAAGCUAUCCAAUACAUUCAGAAUAAGUUCAGCUAUGAGCUUAUUUUGGCAUGCAUCAAGGAGAAGAAUUUACCAUUUGAAAUUAGAUCCAGCUUUUGUACACUUCUUUUGAAUUGUUUCUUGGAUGUUGAUCCUUAUGAAGCCAAUCCAACAAUUUCCUUCACAAGAAAGUGGACAGAAAUUGAAAAGAUGAAAAAGACUCAAGACGACAAAAAGAUCAAAGAGCUUCGUACCUUCUUGACAGACUUUUACAAGGAAAACUAUCAAUUAGAUUGUGGUAAUGAUAUUACAAGUGUUCAAAAGAAUUUAUUCAUUUAUAACCUUGUUUUCAUGACCAAAAAGAUGUUUGAAUUGGGCAUGUUUGAUUUGUCAAAUAUUUAUCCAACCCACAGAGUUGUCGUUGAAUUGCUAAAGCUUUUGGAUUGUACAAAUGACAAGCUUAAUGGAAAACCAGCACUUGAUGCAAUUUAUGAGGAGAAUGAGCAAACUAUGAUUACUACAAGAAUCAAGCAAGAAGUUUGUGAAAUUUUCGAUAUUAUCAAAUCUCAACAACUGAACGUUAGAGUGGACUUUUUCUUGAUUAAUUUCAAGUACAGUUUCACUGUUAGUGACAAAUCAGAAGACAAGCGUCAAGAUUUUGUUAAAAAUUCACUUUUCAAAGAUUCCAUAUUUAACGAAUCUGCAUCCGUUCAAAACCUUACAAAAAUUCUUAUUGAUUUGACCAAGUGUAAAAAUGCUUCAUUGGCCGUAAAGGCACUUAACUUAUUGAUUCGUAUUCAUAGAGAGAAGGAAGAGCUUAAAGACUUGUUGCCACGAAUCGAAUUAUUAGUUUCCAGUGCCGUCAUGAAAAGUUAUGAUAACAUUCUCGAAAUUUUGAAAGAUCUUAAAAAUUUUAUCAAUGCUGCUAACUCUUCAUCAGGAACAUCAUUGGAGCAAUACUCAAAGAGUAUUCAACAAAGUUUCAAACGAGUUGAAGACGAUUAUGAAAAGAAUGGCUCAAGAACCCAGAGAAUCCUAAGAAACUUGAGUGCUCACGAAUUGGCUAUUGAAACUCUUACCAUGUCAUUCGAUGAUAAUAGAUCCCAACAAAGAAUUCACAAGGCAUGUGUUCGCUUCCUUUCAGAUUUUGUGAGAAAGAAUGCAGAAAACCAAACUAUCCUCUUCCCUUAUCUUGAAUUCUUCAUGUCAAAGAUUGGUCAAGAUUUGGGCAUGUCAACACUCAUCUGUGAAGUUGUUAGAAAUAACAGAGGCUUGUGUAGUAUGUUGGAAGAAAGACACAUUAGAUACCUUAUCGAUCUUAUUGCAGAACAUGGUUUAAAGGCUCGCUAUCUCAACUUUUUGAAGAUUAUUCUCAUGGGUACUGAUGGAAAUCCAAUCAAGAGAAACCAAACACUGGUCACUCAAAAUUUACUGGAUCGUAAGAAGGAUGUUAUUGUUCUUUUUAACGAUGAAGAAGGAAUCAAGGAAAGAGAUAGAAGAAUCAAGAAUAAGGAACACGAAACACAACCUGAUGGUAUCCUUUGUUACCAUAUUGAGCUUUUAAGUUUGUUGGCAGAGUGUGGUGAUGGAAGAAAUCAUGUUGCUGAAGUUAAACUUCAAUCCUUAUUAUCUAUUGAAGAUAUUUUGAAACAAUUGCUGAGUCCUAAUACAAUCCCAGAGUUGAGAAAUCCACUCCUCCGUUUUUUGGAUGAAGUUUACAUCAACGCAGAUAAGGUUCAAGAUGAAAAGCAAAUGUCUAGUAGCUCUCCAAUAUUCCGUUUAUUGGCCAAGAUGGCAAGAGAGCUCGAUAUGUUUGUUAAUAGUGGUGGUAAUUCCAACAAUAGAAGAAGUACCGAAAUUAUUCUAACUGAUCCACUUGAUGCCAGAUCUGUAGCCACUCCAAUAGGGGUUGGUGUGCAUCCAAGAAAUACCAGUUCUCAAGAUUCUAACCCAUUAGAGUUGGCCAAAACUUCUUUCGUAUUGAGAUUGAAGAAGCCAUUGGAGGGUCAAGGGGAUGAUUCAUUAAUGGGACACGAUCCAGAGGAAAAGCUUUAUGUAGAAAUCAAGUACAUCUUCCAACUUAUGAUUCCAUUCAUUCACCAUUACUUCCACUUGAAGUUCCCUCCUAACGAUUUUACUGGAGAACCUCAACAAUUAGAAGUAAUCAAGGCUGUUAUUGAAAAUCUGUUCAAUCUCUAUCAAACAGUUGCAGAAGCUGCACACAAGGAGGCUGUUAUAAAAUGCUUGCAAGCCAUGUGUAAAGUUAGCAAGAGUGGAAAUCAAUCCAAAUCAAUGCCACAAGAAUUUACUCAAGAAAUAUUCAAAUUCUUGAAGGAAGCUUCUUCCACCAAAGCAACUCAAUUCAAGCAACACAUGCAAAAACAACAAAACAAGCAAUUAGUUCUUGCUCAAAAGAAAGAGGAUGAAGACGAAAAGUACAUGAAACAAUACAAGGUCUAUGUGAGUGGAUUUACUACAAUCCUAACCCAAGAAUCUAACUUUGCCAAUUUGGGUAUUCUGCUCUAUGAACAAUAUAGAGGCUAUCUUGAUAUGAUUGUAAAUGUUAUUAGAAGAAUAUCAGAAUUAGCUCCUUCAAGUAAAGACGGAGAAAUUAUUGGAAAGGCAGGCAGUAUUAGUAAUUUAGCCCUCUAUUCCAUUGAAAUGUUAAAGCAAAUUAUGAAUACUCAACAAGAUGAAUCUGUUUUGGAAAAGUUGAAUGCUGAGCAGAGACAAAGAAAAUUAAACAAGUUCCACCAUGACUUGGCAAAGGCCAAAAUACCAGAACUGGUUUUGGAAAUGGUUUGCAGUGAAGAUCACAAAAUUAUGAAGUCUUCCAUUGAGCUUGGUGUUUCCAUGCUCUUUGAAGGUAACAAUAUUGUUCAGGGCUAUAUUUACUCCCUCUUCAAGAAGGGAAGCACGGAAAGAUUCUUCUUGUCCAUUCGUGACAGAAUCAGAUUAUCUAUUGAUGAAAUUAAGGAAAGAAAAGCCUACUACAAGAGACAACAGGAAAAGAAGCAAGAUUUCAAACAGUACAGAGCCAAAAAGUUGAGAAGAGGAGACAAUCCUGGAACUGUUCCUGCUACCCCAACUGCUCAAUCAUCUAGUAGUAAUCAAACAGAUGAUAAUGAAAAAGAAAAUGAAGAAACAUUCCAAGAAGAGUUUGAAGAAAAGGGACAUAUUGAAGAAAUUCUACGUUUCCUCCAAUUGAUGACAGAAGGUCACAACAAUGACUUGCAGCACUAUUUGGCAGAACAAAAGUACAAUACUCAAAGUUUCAAUAUUGUUGAAGAGUGCCUGAAUUUUAUUGUAGCUCUAGAAAAAGACAUUACAGCUGAUAAUAUUGAAACAGCUAUCCAAUGUUUUGAUUCACUCACUGAAUUUGUACAAGGCCCCUGCCUAACCACUCAACAAGUUAUUGGCAUGUCUCCAAAAUUCUACUUUGUUUGUAAUGAAAUUAUGUCAAAGGACUAUAAGGGUGUUUUCAAGUUGGACAAGUGCUUGGAAUUGAAGGGAGCCAUGUUUAUUUGUUUGACUUCUUUGUUGGAAGGAAGCAACAAUCACAAGAUUGCAAUGAUCAUGAGAGACAGUUUGAAUUUCCCAGACAUUAUGGAAUUUUUAAAGAAGUGUUGCGUUAUUUCUUUCACACCAACCCAAUUCAUUGAUGAAAGUAGAGGUAAAGGCUUGCCCAAGAUUGACCUGAAUAUUGGUGCAAAGGAAGAAAUGACUUCAAGAAUACAGGCUGAAGUUACCCAAGAUGGAUUCAGAGACAGCUUUAGAGAUAAACAGCUCACCAAAGAAAAGCAAAAGAGAAUUUGUGAGGCUACCGAACAAUACGAAGAGAUUGCUUUCCAAAUUUACUUCCUAUUGAAUACCCUAUCUGAUGGUGAGAAUAUAUUUGUUAAUGACAGCCAAAGUAGCUCAAAGAGUACAUUCUCUGAAAAUAGUAACAAGAAAAUUUCACACUUGUUGGAAGUUCCAGAAUAUUCCAGAUACCUGGUACCAGUUGAAAAAGAAACAGGAAGAAUGGAAAUUGUUAGAAAUAAUACUAUAGAAAAUGUUUACUACCGAAUUCCAAAUGAAAGUAGCUUCCUCUCAGAAAAAUCCCGUAAGAAUUUCCUCACCUCUGUCAACUCUGAGGAGUACACAGCACAAGAAAAGAUUCGUAACUUUUUCGAUCAAACUGAUACCUUCUAUACAGAAAUUGUUCACUACAAACAAUUUGAAUCUGAUAGAAAUCAAAAGGUUUUAAGUAGUAAUUUCAUAGUUUCCUUCUUGUGGAGGUUUUUGAGAGAGGACAAUUGGAGUAAGAUCAAGCUUUUGAGUUUCUUACUUUCUCUCAUUAUUAACUGUUUCGUAUUGUUUGGUUUUAAGAAAAUGUAUGCCGUCACUCCUGGAGAUAUUCCACUUCCUGGUUAUUCCGAUCCAGAUGAUUCCACUACUGGUAGUUUCCAAUAUCAAGGUGAUUGGAAAACAGAUUGGCUAGAUUACGUUCAGACAGUUCUCGGUGUCAUUCAAUUAGUAACUACGUCCUUGCUUUUUGGUACCUAUUUAUACUUCUUUGCAACUUUGGAAGUUAAGAAGAAAUUCAAGUUGAAAAUGGGAGAGAAGUGGGAAGAUUUACCAAGAGAUAGACAAUUCUAUAAGAAUUACCUCAAAUAUCUAGCCAAAGACUUUUACGUUUCCUUCCUUGUGGUCUAUUGGGUAGUUUCAGUAUUGGGUCUGACAGUUAAUCCUAUUGUCUAUGCCAUUCACUUGUUUGAAGUUGUAGUUCGUUUUGAUACACUGUAUGAUAUUGUGCUCAGUAUUCAAACAACAGCAGAACGUUUCGUUUUAACAAGCAUGCUCAUGAUUGUGGCAAUUUGGUUCUUCUCCCUCAUGAUAUUCGCCUUUGUACCAGAAACAUUCUAUCUCAAGAGUGAUAACUCUGAUAAGCAAUUCUUAUGUGAUUCAGCAGCUGACUGUAUGCUAAAUACGUUGAAUUAUGGUUUGAGAACAGGUGGUUUCUUCGAAGAUCAGUUCACACCAAGUUGGGGAAUCUGGACAAGAGAAAUUAUCAACAUGCUCUUCAUCUUGGUUGUUAUUGUCGUAUUGUUUGAAGUAGUUUUCGGUAUUAUUUUGGAAUCAUUUGCCGAGUUGAGAGAAAAUCGUGAAAAGACUGAAGAUCGUCUCAAGAAUAAGUGUUUCAUUUGCGAUAUUGAGAGGGCUAGAUUUGACCAAAAGGCCAACGAAGGUAUUACUUUUAACAAUCACGUCAGAAAGGAACACAACAUGUGGAACUAUCUCUUCUUCCUCAUUCACUUGAAUAGAAAACCAAAGACAGAAUAUACAGGUUCUGAACAAUAUGUGAGUAAUUGUGUUCAUGAGCAAGAUGUUUCCUUCUUCCCUAUUCUUCGUUCCAUUACUUUGGAAAAUGUAGAAUAUAGAGCUAGAUUGAGAGAGGAAUCUUCCAAUUCCACUCAACAAGGAGGCUCUCAAAAACAAAGUCAAUCAGCCAAGUAAAAUAGUUUUCAAAUGUUUAUUGUUGUGGAUUUGAAAUUAGUGUACUUGUAAACAUUUCAACAUUAAUGGAGUAUAAUAAAUGUGAUCAACUUCCUCUACAAUUCCCAAUAAAUUAACAUUGUUGG